UCCCAGGCAUGACCCGGAAGUGGAUCCCCCCGAGCGGGGGUCAUGUGAAAAGGCUGUAUACAAAAGCCGUAGCAGGCGCUUGCAGGGCGAUCCCUGAUGAGAUGGAUGGCUUGGAGCCAUCUCUCUGAUCUCCCGAAGUUUUGCCUUGAAAUUUGAAGCCGGGGACAAAUUCUGAGCAGGAAGAUCCAUCUCCGUGGAACCAUGACGACCAACCUUGAUAUCUUUGUGGGGAACACCACCCUCAUUGACGAGGAAGUCUACCAGCUCUGGCUAGACGGGUACUCGGUGAACGAUGCGGUGGCGCUCCGCCUGCGCAGUGGGAUCUUGGAGCAGACGGGGGCCACGGUGGACGUCCUCCAGAGCGACACCAUGGACCAUUACCGGACGUUCUACAUGCUGGAGCGCCUUCUCCACUCGCCUCCUAAGCUGUUGAAUCAGUUGCUUUUCCAAAUCCCGCCGUACCGCCAGACCAUGCUGAUUGAGAGGUACUAUGCUUUUGACGAGGCCUUUGUGAGGGAGGUGCUGGGGAAGAAACUCUCGAAGGGCACCAAGAAGGAUCUGGACGACAUCAGUGUCAAGACCGGGGUGACGCUUAAAAGUUGCCGUCGGCAGUUUGACAAUUUCAAGCGAGUCUUCAAGGCCGUUGAAGAACUCCGUGGGUCGCUGGUAGAAAACAUCCAACAGCACUUCCUGCUCUCGGACCGGCUCGCCAGGGAUUAUGCAGCCAUCGUGUUUUUCGCCAAUAGCCGCUUUGAGACUGGGAAAAAGAAGCUGCAGUACCUGACUUUCGAAGAUUUUGCCUACUGUGCCGAGCAGAUGAUUCAGAACUGGACUUUAGGGGCAGUGGAUACCAACGUCGACGACAUGGAUGUUGACCUGGAUAAAGAGUUCUUGCAGGGCCUGAAAGAGUUAAAAAUCCUAAUUACGGACAAAGACUUGCUAGAUCUACACAAGAGCCUGGUGUGUACAUCCUUACGAGGAAAACUCUCCGUGUUCAACGAGAUGGAAGCCAAUUUUAAGAACCUCUCCAGGGCUCUGAUCAACAUCGCCUCGAAGCUCACGCACAGCAAAGAUGUUCGGGACUUCUUUGUGGACCUGGUGGAGAAGUUUGUGGAGCCCUUCCGUUCAGACAAAUGGACCUCCAAUGACGUCCGUCUCUUUUUGACUCAGUACACGUCGUGCGCUCAUUCCCUGGAUGCGUUCAGGCAUCAAGCACUGUGGGAGAGAUAUAUGGGGACCCUCAAGGCUUGCCUUCUGAAGAUGUAUCAUGACUGAGCCUGAGGAUGAUGAGGAUGUUGUGUGAAUGGUGUCAAUGUUUAAUUCUUCUUCGGGAGAGAGAAAUUCAAGAGAACGCAGGUCCCACUACUAGCCGCCGAGGUGGGGUCAGGUCUGCAGAUUCUGUUGUUCCCUUUCGCCGGCUACUCUGCUGCCUAACUUCGGCUGGCUUCCCAAAUCUUCUAUAUCUUUGGAGCAUAAGGCUGGAGAGUUAUUUAUAAAAAAAAAUAAAGCAGUGUUCCUCCGAAA